AAAUGGCUGUGAUUGUUUAUCAGCACCGAUCCACUCGCGUCAUUGCUUCUGUUUGAACUUCACCCAGAAUCUUCCUCUUCCGCUCCUGUCACCCUGUGUUGUUUGCCCACCAUGGCAGCAACGCAGAAGCUCUACCCGCGCGCCACGGUGAAGCGGGUGGUUAAGGCUCACUCCAACCGCAACGUGAGCAAGAACGCUGAUAUCUUGAUCUUCUUGGAUUACAUGUUGUUUAUGCAAGAAUUGAUGCGAGAAUCGUCCAUUCAGUCGCGAAAGGUAGGUGAGAAGAAUAUCUCGCCGAAUUCGGUGCGCAAAGUGACCGAGAAAACUCUACGGAGGUUCAAGGGCUAGAGCGAUGGCAGAAACGAUCUAUUUUGAAUAACCCGCUCGCAUCAUUUCCUGCUCCUGACUGGAGCAACUCGUCGGUCGGUCGGGCUUUGCGAGUUUGUGCUACAUGGGGAUUUGUUGAGCUUGCGAUAGGUCCACAACCCACUCUCAGGGGAUUGUCGCUGUCGGAUUCAUGCUUCUUGUAUGUUAUGAAGAGGGAAAGGGUUUGAGUUGACCGCGGCGAUCGUGUUUAUAUAGGCGUUCUUAAGGAGUUCCUCGGUUGAUACCCAAAUGCAUGGAUUAUUCCACACC